CAGGCCUUUCGGGCGUUUUGCUUUUUCCUUUUCUUUUUUCCCCCCUUCAGGCCCAGUCUCCUUGUCUCCCUCCACUUGGCUCUGGGAUCUGGAAGCACACAGGUUGGAGCUUAUUUAUUCUCACACUACCUCUUUGAGCCCAGGGUGGGACCAUUUUUAUUGCCACCGUUUUACAGUUGAGGAUACUAAGAAAUCCAGUUAUCCGAUGUCGGCGAGGCAUCACGGCGAGGCUUCGGAAACCCUCAAGAAGGUAGAAAAGGAGAAACAGGAUGAAGCUGCAAGAUUAAUCCAGAGAACCUGGAAAAGAUUUCUUGAUAUAUGUGUGUUUCAGCACUUCAAAAAUCUACUUAAGAUGCGAAAAGAAGGGGACCCCCGUCUUCUAAUGAAAUCUAUUGAUCCUAAAGAGGCCGAGCUUCUCGAUGCCGCCGCUGGAAUUAACAUUCGGUUUAGACUUGGGGGAGUUAAAUAUCCCCCGAAUAUAUAUUAUAAAAUCUUCACUCAGCGGCCCAUCGUAGACAUGUGUGCUAACAGCCCCAGAGAUUACACCAAGUGUCCAGCGAGGCAGUCGGCCCCCAGGAAGCGGAACGGCAACCUUGUCGAGGACGGCUGGUACCAGCGGACAGAGAACAAUGGCUGGCGACCCCUUUCUAUCCGAUUCUGGAGGUUCACAGAUCCCUUCACCCUGGCCGACAGUGAGAGGAAGGUGAACUUUCAUUUCUCCAAACUGAAGAGAAUAGAGGAAGUGGAGAAAAACCGAAAACUGAAAAAAUUAAAAUGGAUGACGCACAUGUAUUAUGCAGGAAGCUUAAAGGCAAAGGAAGUGGAUUCUGAAACUAAAAUCUUAGUUCAGAAGGCCACCGAAGGAAUAAUAAAAUCGGCUGAAGAAGAAGGCGUGGAAAACGUGAUGGAAUGGGAAGUGGACGAAAUCCUGAAAUGGACAAACACACUUAACUUCGAAGAGUAUAUUGCCUACUGGAAGAAACUAUCCACGAGCAGCUCUUCGGCUCGCUUCGAAGAUUUCAGGCUGCAGGCAAUAGUCAAGCCGUACGAAUUCACUGAGACAUCUCUUGACGGCAAGGCAAAACUGAAACUCAUCACGUCUCAAGAACAGAACUUCAGGGGGACUCCCGCAUCUGCCGGAACACCGGCAGAUUUCUUUCCUCGCCCUUGAAAGACUUUAUCUUUCCAGAGCCCAUUUUACAGACGGGUAGCGGAUGCCAGUUUACCUUGUUCCUUUAAGGAACUCUUCCUCAUUCACUUCAGGGAUGGGCUUCCAUUUGGAUAAUGAGAUCUUAAUGAAAAUAACUCACGUCCUAAUUUAUUAUGUAGACAUCAACUUGGGUCUCUAAGAAAUGCUAUUGUACCGUCUCAAAGUUGGCCCAUUAAAGAGAUCUUCAUUGUUUUCUCUGCUUUAA